UCCGGCGCCAUUGCCGGCUGAGGGCAGGAACAAACACCACUGGCGCGCACGUUUUUGGACAGAAUCUGGUCGUCAUUGGGUUCAGAGAUGCGCUCAAAAAGCGUUUACCCUGAGCACACGUACACGCACACGCACGCGCGCGCACUUGUUGUGUUUUGUUGAUUCGCUAUAUUUGCUUUUCGUGCGAAGGGUGGGCGGGGAAGAGAAUUUCUUGCGCCGCGUGUGUGGCGGAAGAGAGCGGGAGAGCGAAAACAUUUGGAGUCCGGAGAGGAGGGCGGGAGAGAAAAAAAAAAGCAUUUGGAGCUUGGAGACGGUGCGAGAGUCGUGCGAAAAGAGCCUCAGAGUGGGAGAGGUUGGGGGGGAGUCUGUGUGAAGGAGAAGUGGGGGUGAGGGAGUGCGGAAAGGGGAGGAGGUAGGUUGAGCGGACUUCGUCGCUGUUUUGGUGCUGUGUAUUUUGUAGAGGCUGCAACAAUGAAGAUAACUGUGAAGACUCUGAAGGGGAACACCUUCAAUCUUGAAGUUGACAGCCAAGACAAGGUGCGCAAUGUGAAGGAGAAAAUUCAAGAUUCUCAGGGGAAGGAGAUGUACCCGAUGGAAAACCAAGUGCUGAUAUAUCAGGGGAAGGUUCUGAAGGAUGAGACGUCAUUGGUGGAAAACAACAUCACAGAAAGUGGAUUCAUUGUGGUCAUGCUCACCAAGAGUAAGACUCCGGCUGCGGGAGCGUCCUCAAGUGCAGCAGCUCCUGCUGUACCUCAGGCACAACCACGGCCGGCCCCUAGUUCUCCCAUGGUAGCCUCUCCAGCUCCUCUUGCGGCGGCAUCAGAAGCAGUACCUAUGGCUGUUGAACCCUCCCCUGCUUCCAGCUCUCCACAACCGGAGCCUGCGACAGCAAGUCCAUCGCCUGCAGCCCUAGCUGUCCCUGCAGCUCCUGCAGCCCCUGCAGCAGCGGCCGCAUUGGGGGGUGAACCUGGUGACACAUACUUGCAGGCCGCAUCUAAUCUCGUCUCUGGUCAGAACCUGGAGGCCACAAUACAGAAUCUGAUGGAGAUGGGAGGUGGAGCAUAUGACAGAGACAUGGUGGUCCGCGCUCUUCGUGCAGCAUACAACAACCCUGAGCGGGCUGUGGAAUACCUUUUUACGGGUAUUCCUCCGACUGCAGAAGCGCCACCUCCAGUUGCAAGAAUGCCUCAAGCAGGUGGAGCACAAGGAGGAUCGCCUUCUCCUCCUGUAGCAGCAGCAGCAGCAGCAGCAGCGGCAGCAGCAACUCAAGGUCCAGCUGCUGCUCAGGCAGUAGGAGGCGUGCCCGCAGGAGGUGCUGCACAAGGAGGGCCAAAUGCUGCUCCUCUGGAUCUUUUCCCUCAGGGCAUGCCUGGUGUAGGUGGUGCGAUGCCUGGUCAAACAAGAGCAUUGGACUUCCUGCGGAAUAAUGCACAGUUCGAGGCCCUGCGAAAUAUGGUACAAGAUAAUCCAAGAAUCUUGGAGCCCAUGUUGCAGGAGCUUGGCAAGCAAAACCCUCAGUUAUUGCAGCUGAUCCAAGCUAACCAGGAGGAGUUCUUGCGGCUUAUCAACGAUGCGGGCGAGGGAGGCUUCCCGGGGGAGGCGCCACAAGCAAUGAUUACACUGACUCAGGCGGAGAGGGAGUCUAUAGAUCGGCUGGUGAUGAUGGGAUUUGAACGCGACAGAGCCAUCCAGGCGUUCCUUGUUUGUGACAAAAAUGAGGAGCUAGCAGCCAACUUCUUGAUUAAUGAGCAGGAGGGAAGAGACUUUGAGUGAAGAGGAAGGAUGAGAUGAAUAACAUUACACAUGCGAAGAGGUGUAGAUGUGUAGGUGAAAGGUGCAGCGGCCCCCAUGAGCGCAGCCUGAGGUUAGAAUUGAAGCUUCGGAUGCUUUUUUUUUUUAAGAGGGCAACCUUGCAGAUGCUGUUUGCCUGCCUGGAGGUUUGCCGCAAACCUGCCGAGGAUGAGCUUGUAAGCUUGUUGCCCGAGGAGGAUCUGGGGUCUCAGAACAACAGUUGUUAAUCAAUCAAAUGGUAGCCCACGAACCCACGUGGCUCAUUAGCCAUGCCACGUGCCACAUCAUAUUCAACUUGCCACGUGUCUCUUUUGACCUAUGCCAGGUAUCAUCAUCAUGUUUCGACAACGGAUGUUUCAUAUGACGUUGUCAUGGUGUUCAUGUCAAUGUGGACUGUUGCAGUGUCUGUUGUUUUUGCAUCGCCACUGCAACAAUGGCUUUUUAUCUGCAAGGUACUUCAGGUAAGAGCUGCGAGAGUAGGAAAGAGGAUGAUUAGUGGGGAUCGCUAUGGUGUAGGUUGGGAGCAAGGCAACUCACUUUAGGCUGAUGGUCGGAGGAUGGUGGAAGGAAGGAGAGAUGAGGCGGUGGGAGGAGGAAAGGAAAAGAGGGAGGAAGAGCAAUGUGGGUUUACCUGAAGGGGGCCUGAACGGAGAGGUGUGGCCGAAAGCAACUUGAAGAGCACGAAGAGCAUUUCGAAUUGAUUGGCGUGCGGGUAGUCGUUGUGUAGGGGAAAGGAAAUGUACUGUGUGUGAAUGAAUUCAGGGGAACACAGAGCUGCGGCUAUGAGGGAACCCUGUACAUCGUGGCAGUUUUUGCUGCGAGUUGACGUUGGCUGUGAAGUAUGAGAUGGUCAUUAGUCAAGGGGUGAGAACAAAAGAAUCUGCGCUCUGUGAGCGGAGCUGCUGCAAUUCAAGGCCCAAGAUUUUGAUGUUCUGCCUCUGAGUUGUAUCCUUGGCACUUGCAACGGAAUAACAACAGAACGUCGGCAAAGGACGAUCGAGUACCGUUGGAUCCCUCGCACUUGCAGGGGUGUACAUCAUGAUUGUGGGAAAAUGCGCUUCCACGGAAAGCGUAGUUGAUUGAUCUAUCCACUCCUCGUAAAGGAGGGGCAAUAUUGUGAAUCAGUGGCAGGGGCAUUGCCAGCUUGUGUGACUCACAGCAGCUGCUCAGGGCUAUGUGCAGGUCUACUAGGUGGACGAACGACAACUGUGAGACUGUGUGUGGUCCCCCGCCGACCUUUUCGGUCAUGCUGUCUUUUGGAAGUCCGUCGUAAAAACUCAGCGCAUUGCAGUUGGAAAGGUAUGCAGCUAUUUACAGAGGAAACUUUGCGACUAGGUUGUCAAAGGUGCAAGGAAAGUAGGAACCAAGGUUCCAGCGGUUGGUAUCUGUGUGCACGGGCGUUAUUGAGUGAUUGAGCCACGGUAGGAGCAUGGCACUAUGUCAAUCAGCAAUGGACUAAGGAGGGCAUGGUGAAUAGGAAAGGAGGAAGAGCUGAGCAAAACAAGGUGACGUACCUUGCACCGCAAGUGUUCUGACACCGGUCCUUCAAGUUAAUGCCUGAUGAGAAGUGCAUGUGGGGAGGCUGAAAAGAGAGGCCAGGUGUAAUGGCUGGAAAUAAGCCCCCCUAAAAUGGGGGCAUUAUUGUGAACUCAGUGUGGGUGCACUGUGUUAGGCACAAUAUCUCACACCUGCGGGAAGAAGUGGGCAGUGAGCGUCGUGGGCAACUUCACAUUUCUCAAAUGGGAAAAGAAUGCAAAAACUAAUAUAGAUGCUAGUAGUCGUGCGA